AUGUCAACUUUACCUGUGAGAGAUAUUACAUGGACUGAUUUGGACAAUUCUGAUGGAAUGUCAGGGGGUAAAUUAACAAGUUGGCUUAUUUACACGACAAGUGUCAUUACUAUGACUGGCUCGUUUCAAUUUGGUUGGAAUACUGGUGUAAUGACCGCGCCCUCUCUGUAUAUUGAAGACUUCUACAAUCAGUCAUACACAGACCGGUACGGAGAGAUUUCUGAGGACGGCCUUAUGUGGCUAUGGGCUUGGACGAUUUCACUUUAUGCCGUUGGUGGCGCCUUUGGUGCGCUUGCCGUGCCUCCCUUUGCUGACAUCCUUGGCAGAAAAGGAGGACUUUUAUUACUUAACGUAUUUUCAUUAUCUGCCGCGUUGAUGUUUGGUUCUUCAUACAAUUCCCAUAACUUUGAAUUGGUUAUCAUGGGACGAAUCGUCAUCGGAUUCUACUGCGGAGCUGCGAGUGCCAUUGUACCACUAUUUUUAGCCGAAAUUUCACCGAAAAAUUUACGAGGUGCCGUCGGUGUGUGCCAUCAGUUGUUGAUAACCCUUGGUAUAUUGAUUGCCCAGGUGUGUGGUUUUUACUGGCUCAACGAAGAUGAUAACUGGCAAAUAUUGCUUGCGUUAACUGGUGUAUUUUCUUUGGCUCAAUUAAUCUUCCUGCCAUUUUGUCCUGAGAGUCCUAGAUGGCUGCUUAUAAUCGAUAGAGAGCGUAAGGCGGCUGAGAAGGCUCUUCAAAGGUAUCUUGACGAGAAAGACGUCUCGUGGGCUAUUGACGAAAUGAUCGAAGAAUACAUUGAAGAAUGUAAAGAACCCAAAGUUGGGUUUAGCGGACUAUUUACCAACAAGAACUACCGUGAACCAUUGAUCAUCAGCGGAUUCGUCCACUUCUUUCAGCAGUUCUCGGGAAUCAAUGCGAUAUUUUUUUAUGCCAGCGAAAUCUAUUACAUGAUUUGGCCCAAUGAUCCCGAAGCGGUAGACCUUGCUACAGUCGGUACAGGAACUAUCAACGUACUCACCACAAUCGUUGCCGUGUUUGUUGUAGAAAAAGCGGGAAGGCGGGCGUUAUUACUAUAUCCCUAUAUGACAAUGGUUUUCUUCAUGGCGUGUGUAACGUUUACGCUGAGUCUUGCGAAUCCUUAUGAAGACGAUGUUUGGGAUUAUUUGGCCCUGUGCUCUGUAUACGGAUAUAUAAUUAGUUUUGCUAUAGGACCAGGGCCUAUACCUUUUGUUCUGGUGGCUGAAUUAUGGUCACAGGGACCCAGGCCCGCUGCCAUGAGUUUCUCGCUUCAAGUCAACUGGUGGUCCAACUUCGUCGUCAACUUUUUCUUCCCAGUGUUUCAGAAAACUCUUGGAGAAUACGUCUUCACGAUAUUCAUGGUGUUUCAACUGUUGGCUGUGUGGUUCCAUUACUUCAUGGUACCAGAAACGAAAAAUAGGACAUUUGAGGAAAUCACUUCGCAGUUCAGGAAAGACGCAAUCUAUGAAGAUGACCUCGCUAUUAUCGAAAUGGCAGAACACGAACGGGUCAAAGUUGAUUGA